CGGGCGUGCCGGGGCUGCGGGCCCGGAGUCCUCGGGCCGCGUCGCGGGGCGGGCAGACUUCCGGGCAGGAACUGACAGGCGACGGAGCGGCGGCCGGCGCGCGUAGCGCCGCGACCAUGCGGCAGGCCCUGCGGGGGCCCCGGGCGGCGAGGCGGCGGCGGCGCUCGGGCGGGCGGGGCCGGCCGGGCCUCGCGGGCGAGGAUGCUGUCCCGAAAGAAGACCAAGGGCGAGGCGCGCAAGCCGGCCGAGGUGCAGGGGAAGUACGUGAAGAAGGAGACGUCGCCCCUGCUGCGGAAUCUCAUGCCUUCGUUCAUCCGGCACGGUCCAACAAUUCCAAGACGAACUGAUAUCUGUCUUCCAGAUUCAAGCCCUAAUGCCUUUUCAGCUUCUGGAGAUGGAAUGGUUUCAAGAAACCAGAGUUUCCUUAGAACUCCAAUUCAAAGAACACCUCAUGAAAUAAUGAGAAGAGAAAGCAAUAGAUUAUCUGCACCUUCUUAUCUUGCCAGGAGUCUAGCAGAUGUCCCUAGGGAAUAUGGCUCUUCUCAGUCAUUUUUAACAGAAGUUAAUUUUGCUGUUGAAAAUGGAGACUCUGGUUCCCGAUAUUAUUAUUCAGAUAAUUAUUUUGAUGGUCAGAGAAGGCGCCCACUUGGAGAUCGUGCACAGGAAGACUACAGAUAUUAUGAAUACAACCACGAUCUCUUCCAAAGAAUGCCACAGAAUCAAGGGAGGCACGCUUCAGGUAUUGGGAGAGUUGCUGCUACAUCUUUAGGAAAUUUAACUAACCAUGGUUCUGAAGACCUACCCCUUCCUCCCGGCUGGUCUGUGGACUGGACAAUGAGAGGGAGAAAGUAUUACAUAGAUCAUAACACAAAUACAACUCAUUGGAGCCAUCCUCUUGAGCGAGAAGGACUGCCCCCAGGAUGGGAGCGAGUUGAGUCAUCAGAGUUUGGAACCUAUUAUGUGGACCACACGAAUAAGAAGGCUCAGUAUAGGCAUCCCUGUGCUCCCAGUGUACCUCGGUAUGAUCAGCCUCCUCCUGUCACAUACCAGCCUCAGCAAACUGAAAGAAACCAGUCACUUCUGGUACCUGCAAAUCCGUAUCACACUGCGGAAAUUCCUGACUGGCUUCAGGUCUAUGCUCGAGCCCCCGUGAAGUAUGACCACAUUCUGAAAUGGGAACUCUUCCAGCUGGCUGACCUGGAUACCUACCAGGGAAUGCUAAAGUUGCUUUUCAUGAAAGAACUGGAACAGAUUGUUAAAAUGUAUGAAGCCUACAGACAGGCUCUUCUCACCGAGUUGGAAAACCGCAAGCAGAGACAGCAGUGGUAUGCCCAGCAACAUGGCAAGAAUUUUUAAGUUAAUUUUUUAAAAAUAAAAUUUAAGUUUCAUAAGGGCUUUAAAAUAUUUUCACAGAUUAAAAAAAAGAAACUGCAGACAAGUACUUUGGUUAAUAAAGGCAGCUUACUUUUUGGAAAUUAUAAAAUUCUAAUUUUACAUAUAUUUUGUUAUUAAAAAUAUUCUUUUAUUGAGCAAAAAAAAAUGAGUUUGUCAUUUUAAGAGCCAAGAUGGCAAACACUUCUAAAUGCUGUAUAUUAAGAAACUGCUUUGGACAUUCUCGAUGUGGACAAACGCAGCAGGAAAUGUCAUCAUAACAGACGCUAACUAGGCAGUGAUCAUUUGGCAAACGCUCACAGAAGCAGCACCUUCCUUUAACACACACAGAGAACCUCUGCAGUAUUUACAAAGAUGUUUAAUGCUUUAGUGUGGUUACUGUCUGGAGUCGGAGGAUUUACGUAUUUCCAUUGUGUAAUUCAAAACAUGCAAGGGGAUUUGGGACCUUUAUUGUGAUAAAUUUUUAGAUGUAAUGUGUGGGGUGCCCCUCCCCACCAAAUGUAAAGAACCCCUUUAAAACGUGUUGAGAAAGUAUUUUUUGGUAUGGGAGGAGGAAGGGCCUGUAAUCUUUCAGGAAUAAACGCAGGCAUUGGCCUCUACCUGUGUGGGAAAGGUGUGUGAGCAAGCACUCCACCUGGCAGCGUCACUUCCGGAUGUUCCUACGGCACUUAGAGCUUGGCUCUGAGGAGACAGUGAGAGUGCUGCCCUCAUAACAGACUGCGUUGAGCUGCCAAAAACAACAGUCAGGGAUUCAAUAAGAAAUCUGGGUCAUUAAAUUGAUUUUACAUAUCUUUUGUCUUCUAAGUGUUUGGCAUAGAACUUUAAAAUCCAAUAUUUCCCUCCCCAUUUUUUUUCCCUUUUGGUUUAAUAGUUAAGACAUUGUUUAUAAUUAGCACAGUACAUUUGAUCGUAGAUAAAUUUAUGGCACUUCUAGCCUAUAAAUCUCUAAAAUUUUGUGAAUUUCAACAUUAAAGUAGCUCUUCAGUUACAUUUACAUGUAUUGUAAAUAUGUAAAUAUAUUUUUAGUUCAGGUAAUCUUCCAAAAUACAAAGCACUCCCAGUUAGAUAUCUGUGAGUUUGAAUUAUUGAUAAAAUGUUGAAAAUGUUAAAUGUUUGAUUUUAUAUAACCUAUUAAAUAUAUUUUUGUGGAAACUAAA